AUGGCAGCAUCCGUCCGCGCUAAAAAAGCAUUGGUGACAAGGAGAACUAACGCUGCAUUAGAAUGGUUAGAGACGAGUGAGCCGCUCCUAACGAUAGCUCCCGAUGUUGACAAAAAGAUCCGUGCUAGUGAAAUCCGACUAGCGCUACAGAUCUGCAACGAAAAUGUCACCCUCGUAGAAGAGUCAUUGGAAAAGCUUGCCAGUACCUUUGAUGAACUAGAGGACCCGACCAGCGAAGAUGCAGAGAUGUUCGAUAAAUACGUGAACUCUGCACAUGAUGCCGUGAUAAACCUCCAGAAGCGCAGAACAGCACUGAUGGAAACGCUGCUCAAGUGCACUGAUACUGAGGAAGUGGUGGUUGAAACCAGAGGACCCCUCCCGAACCCUCUUACCCCUCUCUCAGCGAAAUUGCACAAGAGUCUGAGUACUUGUGCAGCUCAAAGCCAUAGGACGGAAGAUCAACGCAGACUUUUUGAGAAGCUGUCUGCGAUAGCAGCCCAAUUGAGAGAUCAUGGUGAGCAUUUGGAUAACUUUCUCACCAUCCAGACCUUCCUACACAAAUUUAGUGGGAAAAUUCAGAAAAUAGCCACAGAGAAGAGCCUGAAAUUUCAAGAAACAGCUCGUGAGCAAUGCAUAGAGACUGCAGAGCAGCAGGGGGAUUCCAGUGGAACACUGGAGUGGUGGCUCAACACCAUCGACGGCAUAAUCGUUCAAGACGAAAAGCUGAAACAAGCGCUCCCUGAUGACGACAAGGAUUCUUUUCGGCAAUCUAAAGAGAGGAAGCGAGGCAUAAUCCCGUGUGAUUUCUGCAAACAGAAUGGACACAAGUGGUUUUCGUGCUCAAAGCUGCCCACGCCCUCAGCUAGGAAAAACUUCCUCAUAGAAAACCAGAGGUGCCUUAACUGUGGCUCGGCAAAACAUCGAGUGGCUAAUUGCCCUAGUAACGGCUGCCGUAUCUGCCAGGAGAAACAUUAUACCGCUACAUGUAGUAAAGGGUUCAGGCAAAACGAACAUCAGCCACCCAAAGGGUUUCCUUCACAGCCUUUCCAGCAGCGACACCCAAAACAGGUCGACCCUCCCCCAUCUAAGGCAAAAUCGACCAAGGCAUCCAAGCAGCACCUGGUAACCAGCUCUGAGCUCGCAGCAAAGGUAGAGGCAAAGGAAGAAAAGGUCGUCCUGCAGAUGCACGAACAAUGCCGUGAUGGGCAGAACUCACGUAGCAAAGUCGUGCUACUGGUGGGAAUGGCAGAGGUCCUAGAUUCGGAUAACCGUAUUCGGAACGCCACCGUGCUGUUGGAUACUGGGACUACCAGUAGAAGAGACUAUCUCCCUGCUAUCAGUACAUUUGGGUCAAAGAUCCCAUCGAAAAGGUUGUGCGACGUAACGAAGCUACAAUUGCGGGAUAUCGAAGGUUGCCAUCAUGAAAUCCGUCUCCAUCAUAGCGAUUACAUUACGAGCACAAUCGAGAGAGCAGAACUGGAUCUGAACGACCUUGAGUUUAUAUCCAAGCAUGGGAUAAAACUAUCAGUUCCUGAAAAAUCGGUAGAACUACAGCCACAAAUUCUACUGGGAUGUGAUUACUUGUGGAACUUCAUGAUGCCAGCUGGAAAACUUAUCCUACCAUCAGGGCUCCAGCUCAUACCAACUAAGUUUGGCUACAUCAUUAGUGGGCGUCAAUCGAAUUUGCUGUCCGUCGAGAAAUUUUGCUAUGGGAACCAACGCAGCCAAGAAAUACAUACAUGGACCAUUGGGCGAAUCGUGCAGUUACGACCAGACGUGGAAGGCUCCGUGAGAGAGGUCGUAGUGGAACUACCAAGCAAACAUCUUGUUCGGCGUCCAGUAAACAGAGUGAUUCCCCUGGAAGUCGAUUCUUGUGAAAAUUCUGUGUCGGAUCCGGAACCAAAUACUCAUCCGAUUGAAAUGGACUUGUCUGCGAGGACGACGGAUCCUGAUCCAACAACGACGAAAAUUCUGGAACAACCAGCGACCACGCGAUAUAACCUACGGAAAAGGAAACCGGUCGAUUACAAGGAGGAAAACGAUGAAGGUCCUGACGACGCGCGAUCACCCUCCAUCACAAUGAACAUCGCGAGGAGCCUGCCUUGGAUCGUUGUUCUUCUCCUCAUCUGGAUCCCGAGUAGUAUGGCUGGCGGCAACUACAGCGACACGCACCAACUUCUCUGCAUCGAGGGGGGUGUCCAACUUCUACAGUACCAUAACACCCCGUACGAUAUAUGCGCCGAGACUUACUGCCUUUCCUUUCCCUCACCCCACCCCACCGAAACUGUGAAGUUCCCUCCCCAAAUAACCGUGCAUGACUAUGCCGUGAAAUGGAAAAUCGCAAGAGGUCAGGAAAUCGAUAUCAUUGAAGCUUCAUGCCAAUCUACACCAUUCUGCUCGAGUAUCGACUGCACCUUAUGUGUGGAAAAUAUCGCGAAUCCAGAGUGCUGGCCGCGAUCGGCAUUAGCGGGGAUCGGACUAUUGAUUUAUCUCUUACUUCUGAUGUGCUACGUUUUCUUCGCCGUACCACUGACCCUCGGAAAACCAUUGUUGGAGCUGGCCCGGAUCGCCGGAACCCUUGGACUAGUACUCGUCAAAUCAAUCUGUGCCUUUUGCAUAGCGGUUUUGUGGAACCUCGCUCAAUGUCUACUUGGACAGCCACGUCAUCGCAGAAGACGACAUAUUUGGUCAGAAAUGGUCAUCUUCCUUCUGAUCUUAAAAGCGACGAUGGAGUGCCAAGACGUCAACGUACUGCAUCAAAAUACGCAUUUUUGCCAUUACACGGAAGCAACGGUUUACCUCAGAAUGACACUGCGGGACGGAAGGAACUCUGAACGCGAACUCCAGCUUCGACUCAUCCCUAACCAGCCGAAGAUAAUAUCAUGGUUAUCCAUCACGCUUACAUCCCUCGGGCUACCCCCCACACCCAUCUUGGACGGAAUAUUCCUAAGUAAUGGAGUUCAAACAGCCAUAGCUCCGAGGCAAUUCUUACCUCCUUUGCAGUGCAGAACCUGGAAAGACGCCCUCAAUAUGACCUGUGAGGUUGUUGAAGACUGCACGUGCACACCAGCUGAGGUGAAAAUGCGAUGCAACUGUAGGAACGUUAAUUUAACGUCUCAUAUACUGAACAGCGAUCACCGGAUACCUCUACUUCGUCCAGGCGUUGUACUAAACACCCAUAAGGAUCAGCUCAUCGCAAGAAUCCCACAGCUUCCAACAGCUGAAUUCGUGUUAAAAAUACAAGGAAAAUUUCGUACAACAUCGCUCGUUUCAUCAGCAACUUGUACGGUUGAGGACACUCAUUGCCAAGGAUGCUACAGAUGCGCAAAAGGUGCCGAAGCCGUUAUAACCUGCAAUGUGGAGAAUCUGCGUUUACAGUCCCAUGUACAGCAGAAGGUUCGACGUCUAAGAUUCGCUUCUAUUCAGAGACUGCGGAAUUCUAACGAAUUGUACUGUCUACUGUGGUCAGCGACAACAUUCCUUCGAAAUCUCUGGAAUUUUGCGUUACACAGGAAGUAUGAGUAUGACUGUAAAACGUCUAAUCAAUGGAGAGAGCGAAGUCUUUUCCGAAAUCAACCUGCCGGACUUCAGUCACAUGCUCGAUGUCUUCUUACAUUGGACCGGAACUCUACUUCUAACCAUUGUAGGGUUGAUCCUCGCAGUGCUAGCUACUUACGCUUGCAUCUCAAGCACUAUCUUCCUCAUGAUUAUCAAAGGUAUUCUCCGCUUCCAACUGAAGAUAGUCUGCAUAAUCGCUCGCUUGAUCGCACUAGUCGUCUGCAUGCCAUUUCGACUAAUUCUGAGGCACAAGACGAACGUGCAUAUGAAAAUGGCGUCAUCUUCCGAUCACGAGCGACGACUCCGAAGAGAACUGAAAAGAAAGAUCGAAAUUGUAGAGAAAUCUCCAGCACGGCCUUCAGAAUCCUUGAUUCAGCAAAAGCUACGGCGACAAGUGUUUCGAAUGCAACGCCACCUAUUCAGCAAGCUCGUUACGAAUUCGUCAACUUGAUGGCCGGCAAAGAAGAUCUCCUGAAUCGUCGAGGCGGACCCCUGCACUUCCUCGUGAAGAUGCAGCAACUACAUAGCAAACACGAAUACAAAAAAAGAGAAAUUCUUGCGGAUGUGGAGAAUUUUGUUCUGGCCCAUGAAUGGUAUGAAAUACUAGUUGCAGCGGACGAAGUAGAAGAACUAACCAGACUCGACUUUUUGCGCAAGCUCAGCGACGAAGUACGUUACGAGCCAACAGAGCCUGGAGAACGGGGUUAUCCUGAUCCAGUGGAGGUUCACCGAGACUACAACAAACGUAACGUGACGACGAUGGUGCAGUACCAAAUGAUUGCGUUCGAUACUCUGAUGCAUGAAGAAAAGGUCGCAAUUGACCACGCGAAGGCUCAUGCCCAGGCAGCGGCCACGCACGAAGAUCGACUUUUGGAAGAUCUACGUCGCACCGUCGAGCAACUUCAGGACGAAGUUCAUGGCCAGCUGGAGCAGCUGAGAGAGCGUAUCGAGUCGGUAGAAGGUGCUCUGGGUCGACGCGCAACUCGAAUUCUGGAAAGCAUCAACGACAAGCACGCAGCCACUUUGUAUAAGAUCGAAAAUACUACCAAGGACGAGCUGGAGAAAUUGGAAGAUUUCAUCGAGGCAAAUGUUGUUCGGGAAAGGUAUUUUGGGCCAAGGAGGAUGAGGAAAAGAGAAGGAACCAUGAUGUGCGCAUACUGCACGGAAGCUGGGAAACACUACUCUGACGCCUGUCCAAGGGUCCGUACCGUGAGAGAGAGGAAGCAUCUGCUCGAUUCACAGAAGCGAUGCAACAUGUGCCUGGAGCAGCAUGAAGGAAAGUGCACUGAAGAGCCAGAUUGCUUCUAUUGCAGGAACAGCCGACAGCCACCUCCCGAAAAAAUAGACCACCACGCCAGCAUAUGCACGAAGCCGGAAGAGUUUGCGUCUGCACUAAGAAGGAGGAGAGCAGUGAGGACGAACAUUGAGCACUAUUUCCAGCUUUUGGAGGAAAUGUCUGCUCAACCAGGUCCAUCGCACGCCAGAGAGACGUCACCGAUGUCGCGAGGAUCAAAGAGAGAUAGGGAUUGGUCGACCAGCUCCACAAGGAAGGACCACUGA